AUGGGGGACGUUUCCACCGCUGACUCCCUCCGGCGCGUGCUGCUGCGGGCCACGACAUUUGCAACACCUUCCGUGGGAUCUCAGCAGCAGCGGCCGCAGGAAAGAGACACGUCUACAGGUGUUCCACUUUCCAUUGACCACGGCUUGAGCUGCUCCCUCCAGGGCUCUGGGGCGGAGGAGGAGGAGGAGCGGGGGGAGUAUGACAUGUGCGCCGGUCUGCGCGCCUUUCGUGAGGCCGCGGGGGGCGCAAGAGACAGUGCGCUACGAGCCCUGCGCGUUGCGAAGCAGACUGUGCAGGCCUCGCAGCCCUCCUCUUCACCGCCGCACUUGCUGUCGUACGCGGCGUGCGGUGUCGACGCUUCCAUGGGCGGUGCGACGCUUGUGACGACGGCUGACACGCCACCCUGCGACGCAGCUGAGGCGUUAGCACGCGAGGAGGCAAGCGUCUACCGGGCCACAGGUCUGCUGCAGCGGGAGGCGGCAGAGCUGGAGCACGCGGCAGUGGAGGCCAUGUCGCGGGAGCGGCAGCUGCUGAGUAGAGUGCUGUUAGCCUAG